UUCUGUGAGAAUACCAGACAAGCUUCCUGGGAACCACGGGUUUCCAACACAAAGUUAAUCGUUUAUUUUCCGAUUUUCGUCAUUUUAUUUUCUUUUUCAAUAGGAAAUUAGGAAUAAGAUACGAUUAUGGAAGACCAAAAGCAUUUUGGGAUAUAACUGUGAGUGGGAAUAGUUGUGCUUGCGUGUUUAAGAUUCCUGGGAACUCCCGAACGCAACGGAAGAAAGGGAUAAACAAAAGUCCUUUAGCGAAGUGAAGAGGCACGAAGCCCAUUUCGGAGGGGCACAGUGGGAACCCCGGGGCUGGAUGACCACCGUCCAUUUCUCCCCAGCGGUCUGCAAUGGGGGAGACCAAAGUUAUCUACCAUCUCGACGACCAGGAAACUCCAUACCUGGUCAAAUUGCCCAUCCCUGCCGAAAGGGUCACACUUUUAGACCUCAAAAAUGCUCUCAAGAAACCAAAUUACAAAUUCUUCUUCAAAUCUAUGGACGAUGACUUUGGGGUGGUCAAGGAAGAGAUCACAGACGACAAUGCCAAACUGCCCUGCUACAAUGGACGUGUGAUAUGCUGGCUGGUGUCGGCGGAAGGAUCCCACUCAGAUGGGUGUUCGGUGGUGGAGAGUCAGUUGGAGCGGCCUCCAUCCGGGGAGAGAUCCCAGGGCAUCGGAGAUUCCAGGCCGCCAUCGUUCCAUCCAAAAGCUGCAGGCAGCCGGCAUGGCAUAGAUGAUGAAACGGAGACGGAUUCUGUGGUGUCGCACAGGAGAGAGAGGGAGAGACCCAGAAAGAAACAGUCUCACGAUCAUUCCGGUAGCAGGCUGAAUGGCUACUCACGGGUGGGCCGGGGGGCCGAGCUAGGGGGCUACAGCGUCUGCGACAGCCGCUCCUCCCUCAUGAGCAGUGAGCUGGAGUCCAGCAGCUGCUUUGACUCAGAUGAUGAUGGCUCCACCAGCCGUUUCAGCAGUGUCACAGAGCAGAGUGGCUCGUCGCGUCUGAUGAGACGACAUCGGCGCCGGCGCCGGAAGCCCAAGGCUCAUCACAUGGAGAGGUCCUCCUCUUUCAGCAGCAUCACAGACUCCACCAUGUCCCUGAAUAUAAUCACGGUCACUUUAAACAUGGAGAAGUAUAACUUUUUGGGCAUCAGUAUCGUGGGCCAGAGUAACGAGAGGGGUGAUGGGGGCAUCUACAUCGGCUCCAUCAUGAAGGGUGGAGCCGUGGCAGCCGAUGGGCGGAUCGAGCCAGGUGACAUGCUUCUGCAGGUAAAUGACAUCAACUUUGAGAACAUGUGCAACGAUGAUGCAGUCAGGGUUCUGAGGGACAUCGUGCACAAGCCUGGACCUGUCUCCCUGACGGUUGCAAAGUGCUGGGAUCCAAAUCCCAACAGCUGCUUCACGCUUCCCAGAAGUGAGCCCAUCCGGCCCAUCGACCCCGCUGCCUGGGUGUCCCACACGGCAGCCAUGACGGGAGUCUACCCCGCCUACGGCAUGAGCCCCUCCAUGAGCACAGUCACCUCCACCAGCUCCUCCAUCUCCAGCUCCGCCCCGGAUACCGAGCGUUUCGAUGACUACCACCUGUCUGUCCACAGUGACAUGGCAACGGUUGCCAAGGCGAUGGCCUGUCCUGACUCAGGAUUGGAGGUUCGUGACAGGAUGUGGCUGAAAAUCACUAUAGCCAACGCCUUCAUAGGUUCUGAUGUGGUUGACUGGCUCUUCCACCAUGUGGAGGGCUUUGCAGAUCGGCGGGAAGCUCGCAAGUACGCCAGCAACUUGCUGAAAGGCGGCUUCAUUCGCCACACUGUCAACAAGAUCACCUUCUCUGAGCAAUGCUACUAUGUGUUCGGAGACCUGUCAGGCAACAUGGCCCACCUGACCCUACAUGACCACGAUGGCUCCAGUGGGGCAUCCGACCAGGACACUCUGGCCCCUCUCAUCCACCCGGGCGACGCCCCCUGGCCGGGCUUCCCUUACCAGUACCCCGCCCCUCUUCUGCUGCACGACGCCCCCCACGCCUGCUCAGAGGCCGGAGGGGGCGGGAGCGCUGGCAGCCAGCACAGUGAGGGGAGCAGCGGCUCGAACUGCAGCUGGAGCCGGGUGGAGGGGAAGGCGGGUCCAGCAGACUUCAGACCGGGUGGGUGCCCUGAGCCGCCCGAUGCGCCAGACUUCGACGUCCGCCGAGACCGCUCUGCAGCGCCCCCUAGUGAGGGCAGCGUGCGCUCGCAAGCCCGCGGGACGGCACGGGGUGCGGCGGCGUGGCCGGCGCCCGGCUCGCCCUCAGGCCGCCCCCUCGCCCACGUGCCCGCCGAGAUCACCGGCUCCCGCCGCUCCUGCAGCACAGCCAAUGGGGAGUUCUUCGUGGACAUCAUGUGAUGGUGGAUGGUGGCCUGUGAUUGGGUGUAGCAGAAGUGGCCAAACCUUGCGAUGCUACAAAACAUGGCCCAGUAGAAGAGCUAGGAUCAGUUUAAGAGUAGGUUGUGAAAAAUGACCUUUGUGUAGGUAGCAUCUAAGUAACGUCAAUAUUCACACUUAUCAGUGGAUUGAAACGGGCCGUUGAGAACACGCCGUUCCCUCCCUCAACCCCUAACUCUGGUAUUAAUUUCUUGAUUAGAUUUAAUGGUGAGAUUUAAUCUACUGAUAGGACUGGGACUUGGAGAAGUAAUCAUCAUUGAAUGGGAUUUGAUCAUAGAUCAUACAGGGCACUGCAGAUGAGAUGAACUCCUGAUUCAAGUUGAAUGUAGUCCAAACAAGGAUGCAAGUGUCUGAAUGUUUCUUGUCUUCUGCCCGACUGUAGUGUAUUUUGGGAGGUGUUUGUUUUUUUUGUGUGUGUUUUUUUUAGCUUUGUUUAUACCUGCAUCAGUAAAUUUCUCCUUCAUAUGUUUCUCACAAUGCAAUUUUUUAAAAUCAAGAAUAUAAUUUUUCAAAGUUUGUCAGCAAUAAUAAUUUUACAAGGACAGAGGAGAAUUUGUUCUUUUAAUUUAUAAAUAGUUUAUUAUGCUGGGAGAGUCCCCAUGUUGCGUGCAUGCACGCAUCUUUCUCUAGACAGAUUCAAGCAAAACCUGAAGCAAGCCAGCAUGUGGGUUUGAAUCACAGUGGUUGCCAUGCACCCUCCGUUAGUGAGGGCAAAGUAAGGUGUAAUGGGCUGUGUGCUCAUUGGCUGGUACACCUUGUGCCCACCAAUCUGGUUUUACACUAAUCUUCCUGGACCUAUCAGCCAUUCAACAGUUGGGGUGCCCCUUCAAGCAUGCUACCAGAAGAUUCAUGGUGCUGCUAGUGGAUGCAGCAUGGCUGACCAUUGAAAAAGAUAUGAAAAGGGUUUGAAAGAAGCCUCUACAUUCCGUGAUUACCCCAAUAACAAAACAUGGAGAUUGGCUAUAACUAGCAUAGGGAGAUAAUUAGGCAAGAAAUUAAUAAAAAAUGAAAUAAAGUCUGGAAUGAG